AUGGAGCGUAAAGUUACACGGGAUGUGCGCAUCGUUUUUUAUUUAUCGAUCGAUAUGUUGGCUGGGUGUGCAGCGGGGAGAACGUACGUGGUUCAUGUUAAACGCGGGAGCAAGAUCCACACCUCGUCCCCCCCGCUCGCCGCAGAUGAGGGAGGAAAGGUGCAGGUGAACCUUCGUUGCACCUUUACCUCGACGCUGCAGCGGCAGAGCGACCGCAAGUACAAGAAGAAGGAGCUCAAGGUUCGCAUCGAGGAGGUGUGCUCCAAGGCGGUGACAACGUUUUCCUACGACUUGAGCAAGAACAUCGUGGCGGAAUCGUUUCCGGAAAGGAAGGUGGUUAUCCGGGAACGAAAUGGUUCAACUGAGCUUUAUUUAAGACUCAGGGGAGCAGCGGAGAGUCUGCAUAGUCAGCAACCAAAUGUGCAGCCGGGCUCCAAUGUGUCCUUCACGACUUAUAUGCGUGAAGCAGGCGCCGCCGCCUCGCUGGCUCCCCGGGAACCCGCGUGGGCCUACGGUGAAAGCUCAACCCCCUCCAUCGCCGUCGACGACUACGUUAGCGUCAUUGAGAGCCUGACGGAGGCGACAAGCGAACGAAGGAGCGAAGAUCGCCAUUCUGAGGCAAAGGAGACGGGGGUGGACGAGGGAGCCAACACAGGAGGCUCUGACAAGGACGCGGCACGCCGAGAGAGUGCGUUGCAGGCGUUAACGGCAGCUCCGCGUCCGUCGACGGAGAGCACGUCAAAUGAACUCAGCCACAAGAAUUCUCAAGGGUCGGAAUUUGCCCGGAGUCCGGUUGCGGUGGCUCCAACGGGAAAGGAUGCACCGCCGCCGCCUCCCAGGGUGCCUUCGAAGCGGAUUCUGGUGUCUUCGACGGAUCCCGUUCAUGCGGCUAUUAAGCAAAUUUGCGGUGCUGUUAGGCGGGGUGAAGGCUCCGAUGAGGGGCUUCAGAAGGUGCGAGAUGCCCCGAAAGGAGCUCGAUUGGCUCUGAAUUUUUAUGUACGGCAGACAGGGGAAACACUAGAGCGGUUUGUCGUUGGUUUUUUGGCCCAUCUCGUUCUUGAGGUGUGCCAAGAGACGCGCCACAUUGGCAGUUGGCUUAAUCUUUUAACGCAUGUAAUCUACGGGUCUCUUCUGCACGCCAGUCACCCAUGUAAUGUGUGUGAGGUUGAAAGAAUGACGUUACGAGUUGCCGAACUGAGGGAUUUUGACUUCAACGCAUUUACGGGGCGAGCAAAAUCCAUUGUGCGACAGUUUGCGGCUAGAGAGAGUGCCCCGAGCGGAGUAGAGCUGUUCUGGCUUGCAGGCUUGGAUUACUGUGCCAGAACGCUCGCCUUGCUUUCUAUUCAUCCCGUUCAGCGGGUCAUUGACAACUUUUCAACGCUCCUUCCAGGUUUUGAGGGAGGCCGUAUUUCCAUGGAGGAAAGACUGGUUUCGGCAACAGGGAUACUGUGCUCCCACCUCCAUCUACUCCUCUGCGAUUUACUUUCUCAGACGGAUCGACAUGAAGUGUAUGAUAUUCGUGUUGCUCCUCCACUCUACAGAAUAAUUCUGGUGGGGCUUAUGACGAAGUUGUUUAGUAACCUGGUUACAGUCAUCAUUGAAUAUACGUCCAAACAGGGUCAUCUACACCCCGGUGGCGAGUCUUAUAUUGCUUUGAAAAUUUUUAACCUGAUCGUCUCCUGGGCAAAGGGACACUUUUUGCUUUCUGUGCUGUCACCAGUUUUAAUGCCAUUCGUUGUGUAUUGUGACUCCGUUCUUUUGCCGCAGGAGUUGCUGAGAAACCGCGACUAUCGCUUGUACGUGGAGAGGUUCCUUCCUUUGUCUGCGGCAAACAGCGGUGCGGUUAGUAACCCGUCUCCGUGGAGCGUUUCACCCGCCUUACCGGAAACCGUGGGCGGCUCUGUUGCCUUUUCUCCUUUUGCAUUGCUCACGGAAUUUACGGCGGGAGGCUGCAGAGAGGCGUGCGACGCCGAGACGAGCCUUUGGACCUUGACUGAGGUUCUUGGCGGGGACAAGGGCGCCGCAGGGCAGGUCCUCGCGGCCGAGGAAGUGUUUCCCGAGACCGGGUUCAAUGGCACACCCGACAGCCUUUAUGACCCCCGUCAGAUUCUGCCACUCUUGCUCCACACGGUGAGGGACUCCUCCAGUUAA